CUGUGUUUCAGAGAUAACGAAGGAGUAGAUAAUCCUGGCAGGCCUGACUUAUCUGUCUGCCACUCCUGGUCUGUCUUGGUAUAUACAGGAUGUGUUCACUCUCUGAACUGUGGCUUUAACAUAGUUUGAUGGCCACACAAACAGAGCCCAGCUGAAAAAAAAAUUCUUAGCAGCACCAGUGAGACAAUGACCUGAUCACCAUGAACUUGGAAGGGCUUGAGAUGAUAGCAGUUUUAGUGGUGAUUGUGUUAUUUGUUAAGGUGUUGGAACAGUUUGGUCUGCUGGAAGCAACUGUUGAAGACAGUGUUGAGGAUGAGUUGGAAAUGGCUGCUGUCUGCCAUCGUCCCGAAGGGCUGGAGCAACUUGAGGCACAAACUAAGUUCACAAAAAAAGAACUUCAGAUCCUCUAUAGGGGUUUCAAAAAUGAAUGUCCCAGUGGGAUAGUAAAUGAAGAGACAUUCAAAGAGAUUUAUGCACAGUUCUUUCCCCAGGGUGAUGCAACCACGUAUGCACAUUUUCUGUUUAAUGCCUUUGACACAGAUCAUAAUGGUUCAGUAAGUUUUGAGGAUUUUGUCCUGGGUCUUUCUGUUUUACUUCGUGGGUCAAUACAAGAUAAACUAAAAUGGGCUUUCAAUUUAUAUGACAUAAAUAAGGAUGGAUAUGUGACAAAGGAGGAAAUGUUGGACAUCAUGAAAUCUAUUUAUGAUAUGAUGGGAAAAUACACUUAUCCUGUUCUUAGAGAAGAAACACCCAGACAGCAUGUUGAAUUUUUUUUCCAGAAAAUGGAUAAAAAUAAAGAUGGAGUAGUGACCAUUGAUGAAUUCAUUGAUACCUGCCAAAAAGAUGAGAAUAUCAUGAAAUCCAUGCAACUCUUUGAAAAUAUUAUUUAAUGAAAUCAACAAUCAAGCACUUUAAAAGACAGCAUCAAAGAUUCUAAACAAAAGGAGUGACUGUGAUCAAUGAAGGAAUCACUACCACUAUAAUAGAACUCAGCAACAUGUUGAGCAGAUGUAUUAUGCAAGUCAGCUUUGUUCAGAGUAAAGCCUUCAACUAGUAAAUAUUUUUUAGAGUUAUGAACAUAGCCAAUGUCAUAACAUUGAAUUCUUUUAAUUUGAAAAAAAAAUUGAGUUAAUUGCACAAGUAAAACGCAUGCUUUCAUAAUCUGGCAAAGGACCAUCGUAAAAAUGGUAAUGACUAAAUAAUGGUUAUUUUACUAGUGUUGACUUCAGUGGAUGGGAAGUGGAGUGAGUGAGUGAGUGUGUGUGUGUGUGUGUGUGUGUGUGUGUGUGUGUGUGUGUGUAUGUGUGUGUGUGUGUGUGUGUGUGUGUGUGUGUGUGUGUGUGUGUGUGUGUGUGUGUGUGUG